AUGCAAGCCUUCUUCUCAUCACAACAAGGCAGUCGUUUCUGCCUGUAUUUUCUGUUCCUCGGCCCUCUUUUCGUCCUCGCAGUCGCGCCUCAAGUCUUUCAGCCCCAUCCACGGGACUCUCUCCCCCUCUCGACGCGUCUGCCCACCCAGGCCGGCAAUGAUGCGGCCACCGCUAGGGAAGCAGGUCGUGACCAUGUCAUCGACGCAAAUACUAUCGUUAUCGAGUUUAGUAGGCAGGCAUCGACACCUGGAACCUGGGUUAUUGGGACUGCUACAACGACCAUAGACAUCUCCAUCACGGUCACGACCUCGGACAGUACAGCAACACACCCAUCAACGCUGAGCACCACGGACGUCACCGAGGACUUGGGCGUAAUCAUCACGACAAUAACGAUAUGGGCCGACCUUGAGGGGAGCAACACCUGGGAUCACAGCACAGGCACGACACUGGGCAUGGAGUCUUCGCUUAUCACUACGAGUGAUUGGAAUCCCAAAGCAAGUACUAGCACGGUAGCCGGCGAGUUCACGAUUUGGACCACAAUCACGAUUGAUGCCUUCCCUAAAGCUACCGAUGGACAGAACACCAACCCGAAUACUCCAGCGACAGGGCAGACUCUGGGGUCUCCGCAUACUUCAAAGUCGUGGGUCUUCCCAAACUCGACCUCGUCGUUGUCCGUACAAGGCCCGAUCAGUGCCACCCCGGGGAGCCAAACGCCCCCGCCGCCUGCGGUGUCACGACGCACCACGACCACGACGGACAGCGCACAGGAGCAAACGACAUCCCUAUCACCCGAAGCUCCGCCAACACUGUCCUCGGUCGACUCGACUUUCGCCAGCGUGCGAAACAUGACAUCGGCAGUGGCCAGCUUGACCACGUCGGACGGUGCUGCAGCAUCUGCGGUUUUCACAGAUGUUUCUAGUGACGUAUCAGGACUAACAUCGAGUGAUAAACGAUCUUCCUUUGAAGCUUCAUCGAGCUCUUCAACCAGCUCUAACUCUCCAUCACAAACAACGACGACGCAAGGCAAAGGCAGUCAAACUUCCUCUAAUAGCCAGCAGACAGGUAGCACAGAACCACACGCAACCAGCGAGCAGAAUACCAGCACUUUCUUUAUUCCCAUCACACAGCCCGCUGAAAGCAGUGGCUCCAGGCCUGGAAGCAACGGACAGUCGACAGCAGACCUCACGUCAUCACUGACCGCGUCCAGCACACAAGGCGGCACCAGCAACGGCGCGCUACCAUCAACCUCAGCUACCAUUAACGGCGCUACAAGCACGACAGAGGCGGCAUUCUUGCUCCCAACCUUUUCCAUCUGGCCCCCAGAGGCCAUCAUUGUGCCACUGGGCUGGAGAGUUGACGAGUCAGAGCCGUCGGGCGAGGUCGAAGACGCAGCCGUGGUCCCCUGCAAGCUCUGGUUCUUUUUCGUCUGCGUCGUAGUCGGCCGGGUCCAGAUCCUAGGCUGGCUGUUCGUGCUGCCGCCUGGAAUCUACCCUCCCGGGCCCCCGCCGUUCCCCGUGUUCAAGUUCCCCCCAGAGCUGCGCUUUCAGGGGACGCUACCUCCCUGGCCCCAGUUCACUGUGGGGCCUAACCACGUCCCGACCUUUCCCUCGGAGCCGGAUCCCACCAAGUGCCGAACCCAGACAGCCUCCCUAUGCUCUGCCACCAUCUCGUUUGUCGUUUCGACCACCGACGGCCAGGUCAGGACCAUCUCGACAUAUACCCCAGACCCGAAAUGUGCAGAGCUUUUGGGAUGUCUGGUGACAGAUGCAACCCUCGAGGCCACGGCGACGCGAACCGAGGACGGGUGCCUGGCUAGCACGGUAACAGAUGUCACCUUCACCUGCAGCGGCACGGCGUCGUCCGACUGCUUCACCCAGAGGGCGUCUCCAAAGAGCGGCUGCUCUGUCACAGCAACGACCACCUCGAUCCAGUGCAGUACCGCCACCGCAGAGGCUGGCCAGCUCGGGCGCCGCCAGGCCUCUGGCCCUGCGGACGGAGGGAACAUUCCGAUGUGCCCCAGCGUUCUGGAAUGGGUCGUAUGGCCAGAGGACGGGGAAAUCAGGACGCAGACCAAGUCCAUUUACGAAGCCCUCCUUGACCACGUCGGGAACCGAUCAGCGGCCAUCGAGACGUCGGGAUCCAAGAACAUGGGCGUCAACUAUUGGCGUGUCAACAUGACACAGAGACAAGCCCAAAGCGCCAGGUCCAUACCCAAUGUCGCCGUGGUGUUCACUACGUGCAAGGACAGCUGCCCGGACCCGUCAACACAGGACAGGCAUUUCAGGUACCGGUUCCAGGGCAAGUAUACAGGCCGGCCACAUGUGGUGGAAGGGGAGGCGUACAGUCGACGACAGAUGGACUUCUUGUCCGAGGAAGACAUUUCAGGCUCGAGUAGCUUCGCCUAUGGCGUUUUUGUGUUUGAUAACAGCAGCGGGAUUGACGUACCCGUUUACAUUGUCGACACGGGCGCCAACCUCGAUCAUCCGGAGUUCGCCGACAUCCGACACAAGGUGCAGUGGCUCCACGCGCGGCCAGACUACGACGGGAACUACGGCCGCGACGACAGCGGCCUGCCGCGGAACCAGUCGUGCCCGCCCAUCCCGGACAUGAAGUGCAACGCGCACGGGACGUCGAUGCUGGCCGCCGUGGCGGGGGCCAGCCUGGGCGGCGCCAAGCGCGUCACGCCCGUCAUGGCGCGCGUGCGCCGCGGGCGCGAGGAGGGCGGCGGCAACAGCCCGCUCGACUUCCUCGACGCCCUGGUCCAGGUCGCCGACGUCUACGCCAACGCCACGCACCGGCCGGGCGAGACCAGGGGCGUCGUCAACCUGUCGUGGGUCUACUACGAGGCGCUCUUCCAGUUCGCCACCAACUUUGCCGGCGACGCGGCCUGGUGGUGCUGGCGCAGGCGGCUGGGCGUGGUCAUCCGGGAGCUCACCAGCAAGGGACUGCUGGUUGUCGUCGGCGCGGGGAACCAGUUGGAGCUCAACGCGUGGCCCGCGCUUUUUGCGGCAAAGGAGAGCGAGGUCAGUAACUCGCUCAAGCACCCGGACCGCCCGUGGAUAUACAUCCCCGAGCUACUGGUGGUCGGCGCCCUCUAUCCGUCUACCGGUGGGAUUUCGGAGAGGUCGGCUGUACUCCCCAAGGGCAGCGUUCCUCACAUAUGGGCCCCUGGCGCAGAACUGCUCAUGGCAGUUGGGUCGCGGAGGAGCUGGGAGGAGGGCUACAUGUACGAGGCCGAGGCCCGAGGAACAUCGUUUGCAUGCGCCUAUACAUCCGGCAUCGCGGCCUACUUCAUCAGGCUGAAACAGCUCAACUGGCUUCCUGUCGACGCAAAAGGCAAAGGGCUAGACUCGAUAUGGCCGCCCAUGCUGCUCAAGGACUACAUCACAAGGAUGGCCUGGCCGCGGGUGCCCCUGGACCCCAUCCUCGGACGCCCCCUGCUCGGCCUCUGGAACGGGGUCACCCACCGCGACGUCCACGGCCGGGGCUACUGCCGCUGGGACCCGUCCGUCCCGGGACUCGACCAGAAGCGCCGCCGGUUCCACCCCCGUCCCCGCCAGGCAGACGGUCCCGAUCCCGAUCCGCUACUCACGUCGGCCAAGCCGCAGUGCCGCGAGGGCCGUCCGAACGCCGCCGUAUCCGAGGCCGGCAGCAUCUCCUUCCCCACGGAGCCAGCGUCUUCAGUCGCAUCCCCCGACCGACCAACCACGGCCCCUAGCCCGAGCAGCAGCACCACCACACAGGAGAUCACUGCAGCCCUCCCGACCGUCCCGCCGCCGCCGCCGCCGCCGCCGCCCUCCUUCGUCUGCACAAACGCCACAGCCCACCUGUGCGCGCCCGCCGUCGUCUGCCACGCGCCCGCGCACAACGGCUGCGACGCGGCCGGCAACUGCGUCUGCCUGCUCCCCGACGACCCGGCCCCGCACGUCACGGACCUGCGCCUGUACCCGCGCGCCUGCAGCCGCUGGCUCUCGGCCGCGACCGAGGACGGCCCCGCGCGCGCCUCGUACGUGCGCGCCUUUGCCGCCGUGGCCUGCUGGCGCGACGGGUCCCGCGACUACGACGUGCGGCCCGGCGGUGGUGGUGCCGCCGCCGUCGCCCUCGACGGCCGCGACCCGGAUGGCCGGCCCUACAGCGUCGACGUGUUCUGGAUGCGCGGCUGUCGCCUACCGGGCGGCGAUGGGGAUCAGGUGCAGGACGUGUACAGCCCCCUGGCGCGCGGGGGAGGGGAGGAUGUCAGCUGUCCGACGCUGUUGUUUGAGAACUGGAGCAUGUGCGGUGCCGAGCGCGGGCGUGGCGGGACGGUCCAGGCUGGGUGUCUUGUCUACCGGCUCGUGCCGACGCGGUUCGAGGCGGCCAUCAGUGACGAGCAGCCGCCGGUCGAGGUGGCUGACAUGGGAUUAUAA